AUGCCUGAUCAGCCAGAAAAGUUACUAGCCAGCAAUGUUGUCAGCGGUGAACAAAGUAAUGCCGGAGUUGAAUCUCCCAAUAUGAACACGGGCUCAUCAGUGGGAUCAUCCAGAGCCGUAACACCCCUAAGGACUCCACCAGUUGGACAAUCUAGAACCGUGAACCGAAUGUCGUUGAGUUCAAUGAUAAAUAUGGACGCAGGUGAAGUUUCGGCGUCUCCGCUUGACCAUUCCGAGAAGCAGACUUCAGAACUUAUUGUAGGAGGAUUUUUGCCUGGAGUUCAAACGUCUGCAAGUCUGGCAAAUUCAAAUACAGACCUCAAAACAGACUUAGACCAAAACAAGAUUUCGGCGAAGCCUAAAGGCAAACCAGCAGAAUCAGACAGAAAAGAGAUCACAAGAACCAAUAAAUCAAAGUCAACCAAGAAUAAACCGAAUGAUCCUAUGAAAAACGAAGAUAAAUCUCCAAAAAAGAAAUCAAUCUCAAGAAUCGACAACGCCCCAUCAGCAAGAGACUCAAGUUCUUCUUCAACGUCCCAAAAACAGGAGGAAAGAAAAAUAGCCCCUCGUCAAAUGGAUUCUUUGCCGCAGCCCGUUAUUCUUGAUGUCACUGGUGACAAUCAAUCACAACCUGGUCCAGACUCCAGUAGUCUAAUAGUAGCAUUGCACGUUCCGUUGGUACCCCAAGGAUCACUACCGGGAGAUUCUCAAGCAAUAUUCAAUGUGAUGAGGCUGUGUGAAGACAAAUAUGGAUUUGACGUUAUGCAUCCGAACGGGAAGAUUGCGAUAGAUGCUAUGGACGUAGAUGAGGAUAUAGCCGAGGACGAAAACCCGGAUCCGAACGAGGAAGAAAGUGCAGAGGUCGAGGAGGAGGACGAUAUCACAAGAAGGCUCGGAAUGAAAUUCAAAGUCGGAAUGACAGACGAGGAAAAAGAAGAGAUGAUUUUGAAAGAAAUUCACAGAAAGAAGAUGGAGUCCAAUAAAAGGAUAGGAAAGUACGACUUGCUCGAUCCAUUUAUUGAUGACGAAGAACUACUGUUUGAGGAACAGACGAAAACCAACAAAGAUGGAUUCUAUGUUUAUUACGGACCUGUUGCUGACGAUACUAAUCCAAACACGAAUAAAAGGAAAGUAGCUUCGAAUUCAGGAGCAACUGCCAAAAAGAAAAAGAGUGUUCCUUCAAGUGGCGCCUCUACGAAAAAGACUGACUCUUCAUUGCUAAAAAUUGCUCCAAAACCUGCGGUUUUAACAAACGAUAGCAGUGUUCAGUCAGCCGAAUCAGCAAGCCAUACAAAAACCAGCUCUUCAGCCGAGACAGCGAUUGACACAGAAGAACAACGUGGUUCCAAAGCAUUGGCUGCCGUGAAAACUCCCUCGCUCGAAGAAAAAACUAUAGGAACUUCUGAGGAAUUACCACCAAAUCAAGAUAAAAACAGAAUCAUUGUGGGUGCUCUUCCACCAUUACCUUGA